UGUGAUUGACAGAAAAAUAAAAGCUCCUAAUUCCAAGGAAGAAGGCAAGUAUUUUCCCUCUCUUUUUCAUCUAUUCCUACAACUUUCGUAUUGAUUAUUUUCAGUGUGUUGUUUUUUUUUUGGUCUGCAGACAGUCAAGUUUGCAUCUUGUUUUUGGUUGGGUUGGUUCUUUUCCUGCCAAUUCUCUGGCUUUGUGAUUGUUUUGGUGGUUUGCUGAGCUUAUUGUCCACAGUUGACGUUUGCUUUUCAUUGAUCUCUAGUUUGUUUUUUUGCUGGGUAUUUUUCCUCCGGCUUUAUUCUCUUUUGCUUAAUACAUUUUCAAUUACCAAAAGAAAAAUUAAAGCUAGCACUAUACCAUCUUCUUUCUAUGUUACUACUGAGUGUGUUCAAAGCCAGAUUCUGAGGAACCGUCUUUUCCAAUGGCCUUGAGCACCCAAAGAGCCUCCGCAUAUCUUUCGGCUGAAUCGGCUCCUUCUCGAUGGAAACAUGAUGUUUUUCAGAGUUUCAGGGGUGCAGACACUCGCAGGGGUUUUAUGUCUCAUUUAGACCACGAACUGCGGAACCGGCAAACAAUAAAAACUUUCAAGGACGACCGAGACCUUGAAAUAGGAGCAACUAUUUCUCCGGAGCUGUUGACCGCAAUCGAAGAAUCACAUCUUGCCAUCAUUGUUCUCUCCCCAAAUUACGCUUCUUCCACUUGGUGCUUGGAUGAACUCUCAAAGAUUCUUGAAUGCAUGGAAGACACCAAGAGAAUUCUGCCAAUCUUUUAUGACGUGGAUCCUUCCGAUGUACGAAACCAAAAGGGGAGAUUUGCGGAAGCCUUCACUAAGCAUGAAGAAAGGUUUAGUGAAGAAGCAGAGAAGGUGAAACGGUGGAGAGCUGCUUUAAGAAAAGUUGCCAAUCUCUCUGGCUUAGAUUCAAAGAAUUAUAAGUCGGAAGCAGAGCUUAUCAAAGAUAUUGUCAAAUGUGUGUGGAGGAAAGUGCAUCCAACAUUCAUGUUGUCAGGUUCUCCCGAAAAUUUAGUCGGAACUGAUUUUGCACUUAAACAACUACAUUUGCAAUUAGCUCCCGAAGACAAUGACGUUCGCUUUAUAGGGAUAUGGGGGAUGGGCGGGGUAGGCAAAACUACCCUUGCUAAGCUAGUUUUUGAGAGAAUUUCCCAUCAUUUUGAACUUAGUUCGUUUCUAUCAGAUGUGAGUGAGGUUUCUGCAAAACAUGGUACACUAGUUGCUCUACAAAGACAACUUCUUUUCCCAAUCUUGAAGGUAGAAAAUAUUAUCCAAGUUUGGGAUGAAGAGUCGGGAAUAUUGUUCACUAAGAAAUGUUUAUGGAAUAAAAAGGUUCUUCUCAUCCUUGAUGAUGUGGAUCAAUUAAACCAGCUAGAAAAACUGGUUGGAGAGAAAACUUGGUUUGGCGUAGGGAGUAGAAUUAUCAUCACAACUAGAAAUGAACGUCUACUAGUUCAGCAUGAUAUAGCGAUAUGCCAUAAGGUUGAGGUAUUAAACAAUGGAGAAGCUCUUAAGCUCUUUAGUCGACAUGCCUUUAAGAAAAAUCAGCCUGCGGAAGGUUUUCUAAAACUGUCUCAGCGUGUCCUACAUUGUGCCAAAGGCCUUCCAUUAGCUCUUAAAACUUUGGGGUCUUUGUUGUAUACGAGAGAUCAAGAUGCAUGGAAUAGUGUGUUGCAUAAUCUAGAGAAAAUUCCUAAUCCAACAGUUUUUCAUUCACUCAAAGUAAGUUAUGAUGGACUAGAAGAGAUGGAGAAGAAACUUUUUCUCCAUGUUGCAUGCUUCCAUAAAGGGAAGGAUAAAGAGAAAGUAAUUGAAAUACUAGACAGUAUCUGGGACAUUUCCAGUCUUAUUGGGAUGGAUAUUCUUAUUGAGAAAUCUCUCUUAACUAUUAAAAAAAACUAUUUUCGUAGAGACACUGUUGAGAUGCAUGAUUUGAUACAAGAAAUGGCAUGGGAAAUUGUUCGUCAAGAGUCUGUCGAUGACCCUGGUAAACGCAGUUGUUUGUGGCAUCCCAACAACAUUUCUCCUGUAUUCAUGAACAAUACGGGAACACCCGCAAUUGAAGCCAUAGUCUUAUGUUUGCCGGAAUCAGAAGUGGUACACUGGAAUUGUAAUAAAGCCUUCUCUAAGAUGCCUGAAUUGAGGCAUCUUGAAUUUGAUAAUGUGAUCUUUUCUUCAGGCCCCAAAGUUCUUCCAAAUUCGUUAAGAAUUAUUCGUUGGAGCUGGUAUCUUUCCAAAUCACUCACACCAAAAUUUCACCCACGCUUCCUUGUUAAACUAGAGAUGCCUCAUAGCAAACUUGUCCGGCUUUGGGAUGGAGCAAAGGACUUCCCAAAGUUGAAAUAUAUUGAUCUUAGUUACUCUCAUAAACUGGCCAGUAGCCCAGAUUUCACACACGUUCAUAUUCUUGAGGAUUUGAUUCUGAAAAGUUGUACGAAUUUAAUUGAGGUCCACGCGUCUAUUGCAGUUCUCAAAAGGUUGAAACGUUUGGACCUUAGUGACUGUAAAAGUAUCAAGAGUCUCCCAAGUAAAGUGGAAAUGGAUUCUCUUGAAUAUUUCAGUCUUUGUGGCUGCUCAAAAGUGAAAAAGCUUCCAGAAUUUGAGGGACAUAUGAAAAAUUCGUUCAAGCUCAUUUUAAAUGGUACUGCUGUUGAGCAAAUACCUUCAUCAAUCGAAGGUUUGGUUGGCCUUGCUGUAGAGGGUAUGAACAAUUGGAGAAGUCUCUCGGGUCAAAUAGUCUAUAUGCAAAGAUCCUCAAAAGUUGUCAAACUGCCAGGGGAGAUGGAGUGUUUAGAGGAGCUUGAAUUAAGUGAAAGUGCUAUGAGAGAGCUGCUUGUUUUUAUGAAAAAUCACAAAUAUCUAUCCUUUCUUCGAUCAUCAACUUCAAGGGAUGGCAGUACGUGGUUUAGAAUUAGAAAGAGUCACCCUGAUCCUGCACCUGACCCUUUGGGUUUGGUGCUGUCUUCUCUAAAUGGUUUAUUCUCAUUCACAAUUUUAGAUUUAAGCGGUUGUAAUAUUGGUGAAGGAAACAUUUAG